AUGAUCUUCGUCAACUCACGAAUCCCAGAAGGUGAAGAGCUUUGUUUAUGGUCUCUCACACAGGGGCCAGCGCUGAAUCAAAGUUGUAUUCAACUGAGCUUCGGUGUCUUCCGUUUAUUGCUCAGCACUAGGAUGGGCGUCAUCCAUAUUGUCGGUCAAUUACUAAGUGUCCUCACACUCAUUCAAACAGUAUCGGGAAAAGCGAAACCGAUCAACAUCUUCACACAGAAAAACGGAGCGGACAUUCUUCAGCUGAGGGACAAAGAAGGCAAAAUGUUCAAUGCUCUCUUUAAAACGUCGCCUCUUAAGUGGAACGUAAAAGAUAGGGAUGGAAAUAUUGUCAUACCAUACAGAAUUGCAGCACACUACGAUGCGUCAAGGAUGCGAGCUAUCACCACAGCAAUGAAACGCAUCGAAGACAACACGUGCAUUCGCUUUAAGAAAAGAACGAAUGAAUGGGAUUAUAUCGAGAUUCAGAACGAGGCCGGAGAAGGAUGUUAUACCAGUGUUGGUCGUCCCGGAGGCAAAAGUGUACUGAUGCUGGAACACAGCCGUACAGACACAUGCCUGGAGGUUGAACUCGUACUGCAUGAACUGUUGCACGUGGUAGGACUAUGGCAUGAGCAUAUGCGUGCCGAUCGUGACAAGUACAUCAAGGUGCACUAUGAGAAUAUCCAGGAAAGCUAUUGGAGUCAAUUCGAUAAGGUCUCACCACUCGAGGCAACUACUUAUAAUGUACCAUACGACUACAAAUCGAUCAUGCACUACGAUAAAACAUCUUUUGCACAACCAGGAAAAAUUAGUAUGGAAACGCUCGACCGUAAGUAUCAGGAUGUAAUUGGUAACCAAAAGGACGCUUCUCCCAGCGAUUAUCGCAAGGUCUGCGAAAUAUAUCAGUGCAAAAAAUGCAUGGGCGCGAAUACCGGCUACGGCAGCAACAAUGGUGAAGUGGAACCGCAAGCAACUAAAGCUCCAGCUCCGUCUAUUAUCGUCAUCCCAUCACCGAACCUGCACUAUUGCCGCGAUUCAAAUCCCUCAUUCUGCAGCGUCUUGCUCAGAGCACGAAUGAUCGACUGUAGAUUUAUGGACAGACGAAGCUGUUGCGCCACAUGUAAAGCUAUUGGAAAGGGCAAGUACAACCCGUUCUACAAACGUCUCGCCUCCGUCGAUCGUUUCUAG